AUGAAUCUAAUUACAAGUAAUAUUACAUUUUCGAGAAGGAUAUGUCCAAUUUGUGGUAAGAUAUAUGAAUCAACCAAAGAUCUUCAGGAUCAUGUGAUUGCCCAUCAUGAGCGUAAAUAUGAAUGCGAAAAAUGCGCGAGAACGUUCGUAUCAGAGAAACGUUUGCGAGCCCAUGAACUUAAGAAACAUUCCGUGCAUACAACCAAUUUCGUAAAGGAAAAUAACGAUGAACGGAAAUUAUUCGAGUGUAACCAGUGCGAUCGAACUUACGAAACUUUUUACAAUUUUAGAGAGCAUUUAGCCAAGCAUAAAGGCAAAUUAUUUCGGUGUACGGUUUGCGACAAGCACCUGUCUGGACAGAGUGCUUUAAGCAGACAUACCAAAAUUCACGAAAAACCUCAUGAAUGUAUGAUGUGUACUAGCCGAUUCAGUUCAGCGUACGAUUUAGAUUGCCAUUUCAGUUACUAUCAUUCAACUAUUAAACGGUUCAAAUGCUUUCACUGUAAUCGGGUACUAUAUAACUAUUCGGGUAAACUACGCCACGAACGAUUAUGUUCCUUGAAAAGUACUGUUAUUAGGAAACUACCAUAUCCUCAGACGACUAUCUUCCAGAAAACAAUAUCUCGACCAACAGAAAUAAUUCAGGAACCAGAACGUGUACUAGUAAAGAAAAUGAGUGAUAAUGAGGAUUGUGAAAUCUGGUACGCCAAAAGCUACACCUGA